ACUACCACUGGAUCAGCCACCCUAUGAAGACAAUACAGCGAUACGAAAUGCGAGUUUCUUUCUAUAUACUCUUCUUCUUUACAGACAAACAUCGAUCUUGAAAUGGUAUCCCAUCAAUUGUUACACCAAAAGCUUGUAUUUUGCGCACAUGAUUUCUUCGAUAUUGAUUUGAAAUUUCUUAAUUUGGUAAGAUUCGUAAGAUUUUGUUAAUUUACUGCUCGAAUAACCAUUUUUCUAAUUUACUUCCAGAUGGUUGGAGCAGUUACGACUUACCUAAUAAUUUUAUUGCAAUUUUAAGUGAGUGAUUGCUCGUAUAGCUAAUGCAACCGGAAAACGGACUCUAAUCAUCUAAUAUUCAUGUGCCCAUUCGGCACCCAUGUCGUUUUAUUAUCGGGAUGGCAAUUUUAGUUGCGUGCCACUACAUCAUGGAGAAACAUUUCGUCCGUGUUAAUUGGAGCUUAUUUCUAAUAUUUUCAAGUGCCGGAUUGGUGCCAUUUUCCAUCGAUAAACGAACACUUCAUGUCAGGGAAAGUGUAGGGAAAUUUAUUCUGUGGCUACUCGUUGUGUCAAUCAACAUCACUUGCUUUUACCAAAUAUAUUCAAACAGUUUGAGAGGCAAUUGGCAUGGAAUGGUGGUCAAAUUUUCUCAAUGGUGUAUACUUAUCCUAAUAACUGUCGAUGCCGGUUGUAUACUUGUUCAAGCUUUGCUAUGCCGACGGAACCACAUGCUACUUAUCAAUGACAUCGUGGUCGAUGACUUUAUAAUCCGCGAAAAGUACAGAUUGCAAUUGAACGAUCAAAGGAUUAAACGACGCACUUUGAUUAAAAUUUUGCUUUUGGGACUACACUGGUCUUUAAUACAUGUUUGUGAAAUAAUUAGCACGCAAGAGAAAUUAUUGGCUCUGCAAAAAGCACUCACAUCAGUUCCCCUCGUAUGGUUGUUGAACGUUAGACUAUCGAUGCAAAUAUUCUACAUUGAUUUGGUGGCUGAAAGAUUGCACAUCCUAAAUGGAGAGCUCCAAUUCUUGGGCAAUGAGGAUAUGAAUUUUGCCAAUGGACAACCCAAUUUUCGUGAAGUCAUCAGAAGGGUUCAACAGACUUAUACUGCCAUAUGGAAAUGUUUCCGAAAAAUAAAUUGCAUUUUCGGUUGGUCUACCGUUACAUUAGUUUUAAAAUUGUUCGUUUUGCUUAUCAUUACUAGCUUUUGGUGCAUCAACGGACAGAAAAGUUUCAACAAUAAUGGCUGGCUAUAUCUCGAAUCAUCGCUUAGCAUAGUAUUUAUAAUAAGCAGCCUUGCUUUACUGUGUCAUUCUGCAGCCAACUGCAAGAGAAAGUCACUUGAUACAGCGGAGGCCCUGCUGAAACCGGAUUACGACUACGAAGACUUGGACGUACGUGAUUUCCUAGCUCAAAUGCAACAUCAACCGUUCGUCACAUCGGCUAAUGGUUUCUUCGAUAUAGAUUAUUGCUUGCUUGGAUCGACACUUGCAACUACCGCCACUUACAUAGUGAUAAUGCUCCAACUGGAGGGAAACUAAAUUCACACUCAGCUAAAUAUGCCACCUAUUACUCAUCGAACUAAGAAGUGCCUUGAUGCAGCUGUGAAUUUCCAUACCACUUUGCGCAGCGGUUCCCAACUGAGCGAAUGUAGGAUGAUUGAAAACUGAAGUAUGACAUCUGAGGGUGAUCUAUUUAUUUGGGACGUUUCGCUCAUGUGUAAAUCACGUGUUUGCAUGGAGAUAAAGUAUGAAGUGUUUCAGCUAAUUACUUCUAAUCUGAGUAUUGCACACACAAAAUACGCAAUGCCAGGGCGUACAACAAAAUCAGAUCUGGAAACGCAUGGUGAUUACUAAGAGAACUAAUUAGCGCAAAUCUAAAAAAACAGUUUAGUCGAUACGUCGUUACAUCAAAACGGUUGGAAACCUCUGGCAUAGUAUGUGCUAGAAUGUGUAUCUUUCAUAAAACAAAUAUAGGUAUGCACAGUUGAUUCAGGCGACAAUCACUUGACCACCCACCCAAACACCGUUGCCUCGACGGUGCUUCGAACACAAUCAGUUGUUUACAAGCUACCCACUGCAAUAAGCACGACAUUGUUUGGCAAACACACUAACAGAAUGACACGAUUUUUUGAGAAGUUUACCCUUUUUUGUGUGAUAACUGUGAUAACUGCACUGUCGCUCAUAAUCGUUACCAGUGUGCAAUUGGCUUACGAGCCUGCAACAGUGAUAAAUCGUGAUAACGACAAGCUCAUGUAUCAGCUAAAAAGCAUACGCCAAAGUUCUGGUUGGAUCAACAACAGCAGUGAAAAGUGCCAGCAACAUAUCCAUACGAAGUUAUUCAUACUAGUGCGGUCACCCAAAAGAAAUAGGAAAGUGCGCCAAACAAUCAGAGACACGUGGGCUCUCACUGGAAACUACCCCACCGUACAAAUAAAAUUUGCAUUAACAAAGCUACCAAGCCAGCUAAACGAGCAUGAAAGCUUCAUUCAUAGACACCUGAAACGUUACUAUCACCAAUGUAUUCCGGGUGACUAUCUACUAAUUACCAACGACAUGCACUUUAUCAACACACCGCAAAUUAUAACUGCCAUAAACCAGCGAUUACCCCGAAGUCACACAGCAAUAUGCGCAAAAGCGUCGCCCAACGAAAAUGCGAUGAAUGAAGUUAAAUAUCUAGGGCAGUGCAACGUCCAAGCACCAAUCCUUUUCUCGAAAGACGCGGUGCGUGGCUUAUUAGAUUUAAAUAUUCACAACGGCCGCUCAGCAAUGGCGGAGAGCAUUAUCCGGUAUGGCGAGCAUUUAUAUCUCACGCCGAAAGAAACACUGCGAAUUAUCAACGGUUCGAUAGAUGCCAGCAAUUUGCUGUUCUUUUUCUCCGAUCGGGUCGAAAGCGCAUCCGAUAUCAGUCUGCUGUGGAAUGCAUCGAGAGAUUAUACGGCUGUGGAAUCUUGAUUAGUAGCGAAUAAAGGAAACGAUGUACUUGUACCAAAACC